UGGGCGGGCCGGAGGUCCUUGGCCCAGAGGCUCAGAGACCGGGGUUGCACGAUCCGUCAGCCGACCGACUCCAGACUUCCACGCCGCCGCGUACGAUGCCUCCCAGCGCCCAGCUCGACGAGAAGGUGUCGGGGAUGAGAAAGGGCAUCAGGGCGAUUCUGCUCGGUCCACCCGGGGCCGGCAAAGGCACCCAGGCGCCGCGCCUGGCCCGGCAGUACUGCGUGUGCCACCUGGCCACAGGGGACAUGCUGAGGGCCAUGGUGGCCUCGGGCUCCGAGCUGGGCAACCGCAUCAAGCAGACCAUGGACUCCGGGAAACUGGUCAGUGAUGAGAUGGUGGUUGAGCUCAUAGAGAAAAACCUGGACACACCCCCUUGUACAAAUGGCUUCCUAUUGGAUGGUUUUCCACGCACAGUGAAGCAGGCGGAGAUGCUGGAUGACCUGCUGGAGAAGCGCUCAGAGAAGCUGGAGUCUGUGAUUGAGUUUUCUGUGGACGACUCCCUGUUAGUGCGCCGGAUCUGUGGAAGGCUCAUUCACCAGCCCAGCGGUCGCUCUUACCACGAGGAGUUCAACCCCCCCAAAGAGCCCAUGAAGGAUGAUGUGACCGGAGAGCCCCUGAUCCGGCGCUCAGACGAUAACGAGCAGACUCUGCGCUCGCGCCUCUUGGCCUACCACUCCCAGACCGCCCCGCUGGUGCAGUACUACCGCGCGCGGCAGAUCCACACCGCCGUGGACGCCUCGCAGUCCCCCGACGUCGUCUACGCCAGCAUCCUCGCCGCCUUCUCCCACGCCACCUCUGUUUGAGUCCCAGACCCCUGCUGAGAGUCCUGCUCCCCUGCUCUGAGCUCCGGAGGAGGGAGGAGGGAGGAGGGAGGGGGCAGUUGUAAUCACACAGUUACCUGUCUUAGGUGGGGGCGGCUGCGUGGCACAGCAGCACGCCUGGGAUUGACUGCAGAAUGUGUUUAUAUAAAUAAAAGAGGAAACAGAGCUAUUUUCUAUCACAAAA